AUGGGGGCCGGGGUGGAUUCUCUGCCUUGCAACCCCGCCAUGACAGCCCCCAAGGCCCCGGCCAGCUGCCACCAGCUGCGGGAGUUUGACAGCGUCAAGGACUCCAUUGCCGACCUCAUCAACCAGCUGCAGGACAUCGACCCGAGCCGCCUCUCCUUCUCGCCCUUCCUGGACCUGGACACCCAGAUCUCCCUGGCGCCUGUCUCCGACAGCCCCGAGUCCUCCGUCGAGGAGCUGCACUCCACCUCCGAGGAGGAGGCCUCCCUCAGCCUGGCUACAAGCGACUCUCCAGGGCCAGAGGCUGAGCCGGUGGAGGGGAUGCAGAGCCAGGGGGGUGGUUCUCUCCUGGGGGAGGACCCUCGGCCUUCCACGGUGCAGGGGGACCCCGGGCUUCCUGUGGCAAUGGACCCCAAAGACCCCAUCCUUCCACUGGGCUGCGACCCAUGGGAGACCGGCUGGGUGGGGCUUGGAGAGAGCGUGGUGGUGGCAGUGCCCAAGGAGACCUGUUUCCUGGACAGGGUGGGGGCAGAGACCCCCAUGGUGCAGCACAUGGAGCAUCUGCCCUCCAGCAGGGAGCCAAGCAGGGCGCAGCCCCAUAGCGAGGGGCCAGCAUGCACCACGGCCAGUCGGCCUCUCCCCAGGGAGGAGCAGCCGUUCCUCGGCUCGGGUGUGGAGCCGGUUUCCUGUGGCCCCGAGGAGCCCGCCCCUCGCCCGCCAGGGAAGUGCUGCGGCUGCGGCACCAGCUCCCACCUGAAGGCCGUGUCCUCGGUCUUCGUCUCGCUGCUCCUGGCGCCCUGGGUCCUCUACGGACUGUACUACCUCCUGCCCUUCGAGCCGCCGCUUUGCCCGGACCUGGCCAGCCGUGCGGCCUUCGCCCUGCGCUGCCUCCUCAUCGCCGUGGUGCCCAGCAUUCUUGGUGCCAUGUUCGGGGCUCUCGCCAAGCUCUGCUCGGUGGCCAUCGACCCGCUGGACACGCGCUCCCCGCCCGUCCUGCUCCACCGGCUGUACAUCACCAGCUCCACGGAGCAGCUUGUCAUCUUCGGCCUCAACACGGUGGUGCUGGCCACGUUCCUGGCCCAGGAGCACCUGCGCCUCAUCCCCGUCCUGGCCGGGCUCUUCUCCAUCGGCAGAUGCUGUUACUGGAUCAGCCUCCACGUCGGCAGCGCUUACCGUGGCUUUGGCUUCGGCCUCUCUUUCUUCCCGGCCCUGGCGAUGACCGUCUACAACCUGUUCUGUCUGUACGACCUGGGCUUCGCCUUCCUCUUCGCGCCCUCUCCAGCGGGUGGGGGCGGCGGCGGGGCCACGCCUGCCCCCACGCGGGAGCCCGUGAGCCAAGGCACUUGAAGGAGGAGACGGCAUAGGAUGGGGAGAGUCCUGAGCUCCAGCAGCCUCCACCUCUGAACAGCUGCUCCAGCCCAGCUUGGAUCAAUACACAAGGCAGCAUAAAGCAUCCCUGCUUCAGUCCAUCCCCAGCUGUGCCCUCCCACCCCCGAGCUGGGCAGUGCUGAGUGAUGGACGA